AAAGCAGGAGAUUAACUGUGGCUGAGGAACAUGGAAAACAUCUGAAACACAACACUGCUCUGGGCACAACCAUGUUGACUUGUUGUGUAUGUAUGGAUGUAUCUAAUUCCAAUGAGGCAAAAUGGGACAGCCCACAGUAUCGACUAUAAAAAGCUAAGGCGUCCAGGACAGGACACACGAUCAGGGGCGGACAUUCGUUUUGUUCUCCUCCUUCACGGUUUCGUUCCGUCCGAGAGAGAGAGAUCGUGUUAUUUCGGGUAGCUACUAUCGGCAUAUCGUGAGUUCACGACAGCUCACACGGAGUUUAUAGACUACGAGCCUGGCAGUUUAUCUAUCUCUAGUUAAUUAUAGCGAGUGUCCUGGUUUCAGCACUGCAGGUUGUUAACAGCUCCAACAACACCAGAGGAGAGCGGAGAUUUGAAGAGCCCCUCCCCGCCCAACUAACAACCAGAGCGGGUAGAGUCCAAGCGCAGCCCUGUUGUCAGUUUCAGCACCACCAGCAAGGAAGAGCAGAGCUGUCCAAACAUCCAGCAGUUUGUGACCGCUAUCCUCGGUUGGAUCAUCCACACAACACAACACCCCCAAGACAGCUAUAACCGGGAGUAAUCUAGCGGAAAAUAGCCUACAGCCACCGAUUGAGUGGAUAUUUUAUUUCAGAAUGGCGUCCAAAGGAAUGGGAGUUCUCCUUCUGCUCGGGAUUUUUGCUGUGACUGUCUCCCAGAUUUCUGCUUUUCCCACACCUGCCGAGGAUGAUAAAGCUGUAGUUUACAACAGACGACUGACUGAGGAGAGACCAAUCCAGGAGCAGAUUGCAGAGGCAGAUGAUGUGAAAGCAGCAGUGGAGUCUGCAGACACCAAACCUGCUGUGGAGCCUAAAGAGGUGAAAGAGGCAGAACCAGAACAAGAGAACGAUGACUUCACUCUGCUCAAGUCCCUGGCCGAAGGUCAAAGGUCAAAAGAGACCAAUGAGACGCCGGUCAGAGAGAGCCUGGAGAAGGAGCCUUACUUUCCAGACGAAUCAGAUUCCACCAAGAACCGCCGGCUAGUCGAAGACUAUGACUCAACAAAGAUGGAAAACGGCAAGUACCAAGAUGACCCAGAGAGCUUCAGGCAGGUGGAUGGUACCCCUCUAACGGCUGAAGACAUCGUCCAGAAGAUCGCUACUAAGAUAUACGAGGAGGACGACAGAGGUGUAUUUGACAGGAUCGUCUCCAAGCUGCUCAGACUGGGCCUGAUAACAGACAGCCAGGCAGACAGUCUGGAGUACGAGGUAGCCGAAGCUCUUCAGGACCUCAUCACUAAGAACGCAAAGAACAAUGAGAUCGAGGACCUGGGAGAGGACUAUCCCGUGACCCGGGGUGACCAGGAUGACCAGAAUCCCGACGCUAGCAUGGAUGUUACUGGUUCCCCCAACCGUCGGUACGAUGAAGAAGAUGAUGAUGAAGAUCAGGCGGCCAUUGAUGACGACGUGGACAGAGGAGAGGGGGAUGACACAGUGGAUAACACCUGGGAUAGAGAGAGUGAGGGAGAAGGGGAGGAGGAGGAGAGGAGUGAAGGAGAGAGAGAUGAGGGAAACGAGUUGAGCCCAGAGGAUGGUCUUCAGGACCUUCAGUACUUCCCCAACUUCUACCGUCUGCUAAAGAGUCUAGACUCAGAGCAAGACGCCCAGGAGAGAGAGACUCUGAUCACUAUCAUGAAGACUCUGAUUGACUUUGUCAAGAUGAUGGUGAAAUAUGGAACCAUCACACCUGAAGAGGGAGUCUCCUACCUUGAGAACCUGGAUGCUAUGAUCGCUCUGCAGACCAAGAAUAAGCUGGGGAAAACACUGGGGAUCCCUGGCAUCAUCCCUCCUACAGGGAAGACCCCAGAGGACGAUGACAACACCAAGGCAGAGGCGGCCAAGAUGCAGAAGGAGUAUGAGAACCUGAAAGACUCAACCAAGGAAGAAGCGCCGUCCACUGAGACCAGAGAUCACCCAGGCAAGUCUGAGAUCUACUUGGAAGCCAUCAGGAAGAACAUUGAGUGGCUGAAGAAACACAACAAAGACGAGGGCAAAGACGAUUACGACCUGUCCAAAUUGAGGGACUUCAUGGACCAACAAGUGGACUCCUACAUUGACAAGGGCAUCAUUGAGAAGGGUGAGGGAGAGACCAUCAAGAGGAUCUACGGCAGCCUGUAACCUUCAACCAACCUUAAAAUAACCAACAACCAACCUUCAAACACCUACGACCAACCUUCAAAAAACCCACUGGAAAUGUAUGACGAUUGAUAAACCUAUAAAUAGGGCCUAGAGUUGUUCCUGUUCUGGAAACAUGGUUUGGAAAAACUCCUGGCUUUACGACUCACUCAUUAUGAGCAGAAUCCAAACUUGACAUGAUGAUCCCUGAAAGUAACUGACUGAUUUUGGUGUGAAUUCUUACCUUGAUGUCAGUGGGAGUUUGGUGUGAAUUCUUACCUUGAUGUCAGUGGGAGUUUGGUGUGAAAGUUUGAGUAAAGUGAGUGGAUCUCAGGUUAGGAUUCGGCCUCUAUGAGAGGAAAGGUAUGACCUUUAUGUAUUAAAAAUAAACCAUUUAGGCAAAAACAUAUUGUAUUUGACAUUUCCAGAAAGCUGGAAUGCAAUAAUGGUAAUAAUAUCACUGAAAGUAUAUAUUCAACUAUACUGCUAGAAAACAAUCAGCAAUAGUCCGAUGUCACUGAAUGGCACUGACUCGAUUGGGAAAUUCAAUAGUUAUUCUGUCAAAUCAAUUGACUGACUGAUCUACUUACUAGAUGACAGCUUUGACUACCUUGAGGAGUGAAAUGUUGACCUACUGAGGGGGAAUGAGUGUUCAACCAUCCCAAUGGACACACACUGGUUGACUCAACGUUGUUUCCACGUCAUUACGUUGAACCAAUUUGGAAUAGACGUUGAAUUGAUGUCUUUGCCUAGUGGAAAGGUUGUGUCCCAAAUGGCAUACUAUUCCCUAUUUAGUGCAUUAUUUUUGACAAGGCCCCAUAGGGCUCUGGUUAAAAAUAGUGCACUAUAUAGGAAGUAGGGUGCCAUUUGGCACAGAGAUAGGUCUGAUAGUAGAGUUCCAACUUUAGCUUUCUCAUCAAUUGCAGGUAAUAUGUAUGUCUUUGCAAUAGACUUUUGCAACAAGUACACAUAUAUCUAAAUGUAUUCAUUCUAUGUAAUCUGUCCUAUCAUAUUCUAAUUCUUAUUUUUUCAAUCCAGCAUCAAUGUAAGAUCUAUUGUAUUAAGGCUUUUAACUCAACCAAAAACAGCUGUGUUGUCCAGUAUCAUUUCAGCCCUGUAUGUCCAUCCUCUCCUCUUUGUUCUGGGGUAACUCCUUUGGGGCCCUCCAGGGGGCCCUGUUUGUGUCAUUUCCCUCUAUCUGAUUUCUGCAAAAUGGGUAGUAGUGGGAAGUUGCCUCUAGAUGCUGAUCGUGGAUCAGGUGUACAUUUUCCCCACUAAUGGUAAAGGUUAGGAUUGUGGGAGGACAAGCUGAUCCUAGAUCUGUCCCCAGCUUCAAUAUGUCUGAGUAUAUUCAACAUGUAUACUACCACUCUAGACACAAAAUUAAGUAUUUUUAAAUGUAAAUAUUUGUGAUGUUUUUUCCAAAAAUGUAAAAGCAAUUAAAACAUUGCCUUUCUUAA